UCUCCUUCCUCCCACAGGCGUCGCUUAUGAACCAGGACAACGCCCUCUUCCGGCAGCUCCUCACCCUACACGAGUCGAUCUCCGCCCUCAAGACCACGCCCACGCACGCCCACAGAGCUCCCUCGCCCACCUCCCUCGACUCCUUUACCGAGGAGGAAGAGGAUGAGGAAGAAGACGAGGAUGAGGAAGACGAUGAUGAAGAUGAUCAGGUGGGAGUGGGCGGGCUGGGGGGGAAGACGAGUGGAGGGCGAGAAGAGAAUUUAUCUGACGUGGACGAAGGCCUCGAACUGGACCACUCCACCAGCCACUCCACCAGCCCUACCUCCACUCUCUCCUCCAACUCCUCCAGGGACUCUCAGUUCUCACGGUACUCCUCCAAGACUGAGUACCACCAACCAAACCACAAUGUUAUCAAACUUCCCAGCAACGCCAGUCAGUCCAGUACCAAAACUUCCACUGCCAACAACAGCAUCUGCACCACAAACAACACAAGUAUGAAAUAUAUUAACUGCAGCAGCAGCAGCAGCAACCUAAAGGAAAAUGAUGAAGACUGUGGCACGACCAACAUCACCAACUUUACCAGUAACAAGAUAAGCAGAAGAUAUAGCAUCACUACCAAUGAGGAUUUUAACAUCAAUAUUACCAUCAAUACUGACGAUUCGUCCUCUUUCUCUAAUUCUUCUACUCAACGCUCAAUCAGUACCUCCUGUCUCUCUAAGAGCAGUUGUUAUAUCUCCACUACUGACCCAAACACCUGUGACCUAGAAAUGGAUAAGACAUUUGGAGGUAGUCUCGGGAGCUUCUGUCCUCCUGAAGGGCGGCGUUUUGUUCGCACAAGAGUUUCUAUUCCUCCAUCUGCAAGAAAUAGAGAUCGAAGUGCCCGUCCAGAAUCCUUUAGGAUUUCCUCAGAUAUGGCCACCCACACUAGAGUUCUCUUAAAGGCCAGAUCCUUUGCUGGAGCAUCUCUAAGAGAGUCUCCAACUCAUAAGAAAAAUGGAAGGAGGAACUUUGCUAGGACAUCUCUGCGGGAAGAUCAGCUAACUUACCACAGGGACAAAGGAUAUAACCAACAAAAUGCAAUGAGUAAGAUGGAGUUUUUGCGAGCCAGGUUUGCCAGUACCUCUGGGACAGCUUCUGAUAGUAAUUCUUAUGAGGCAUCUUCAGAUGACUGUGUGGUUAUUAAUUCUAGGCCAUAUUUUGGUGCUUAUGUAAAACCUGAUGAUGAAUAUUAUGGUCCUGAACCUGCUGAUAAUGAAGCUAAGAUUGUCAAUGUGAGAACUGAAGAGUUGCAAACUUCUCUCAAAACAACAAAUAUUGUGACAGUUAGUACCACAACACCAGAGGAGUACAUAGAAUGUACUAAAGACUCUUGGAAUCAUGGUAAUUUAGAUUCCCUUAGACAGGGAGGUGCAACAAUUGGCAACACAUUUUAUGUACCAAGUAGUGAUCACUAUGGUGACAACAUCAUCACAACAAUAAAAGAAAACACGUUUUCAUCAUCAGAGCCACACCCUUCACCCCACACCAGAACAUGCAACAAAGAAUCAUGUACAACAAACCAACUAACACGUAAGAUCAGUCUUGCAGUUCCUGAUUCAUACCUGUGUGAAGAUUCCCAGGAAUCAUUAAAGUCACAAAAACUUCGUACUCGGUCCUUCACUGGCAUGGUAACUCCUCGUGAAACAAUCACAGAAAACAUUCCAUUACCUAGAGAAGUUCUCAAUGACCACAAAACAGCCAAGAAGGGUAACUUAAGCUUAAGAGUUACACAAAAUACAGAAUCAGAAAGAAUCUUUCGUGUAGCUACCAUGACACGGAGAGCACGAGUUACUCGUGAUGGUUAUGCUUUUCGUUUUUCCAGUGACUUGGGCCUGGGAACAUCUUCGAGGGUAACACCUAGAUCAAAACGAGAAGUCUUUGUGUAAAUUACUGUACUUUCCUCAGAUUUUUUAAAAUUGAAAAGAAAAUUAUCACUUCAUUAUCACCUUAUGAAACUUUUUUUUAAUAAUUUACAGUAGACUAACACAAUCUGAGGAAAAAAUAAUACAGUAUUACAGAUCUCUGACCCAUGAGCAAAAAUUUGGUUAAAUUUGACAGAGUUUAGAGCAAAGUAAAGUUAAAAUAAUGUAGUUAUAGAAUCAUGCAUUCACUGUAUAUUAUACACUAUGUCACUCUCAUUAAGUUGUACAUUACAGAUUAUUCAGAAUAUAAAAUACCUUACUCGUAUGCUUUACAUGCAUAUCUCAGCAAGAAGUGCAUGAUGUGCCAAUUAUGUUGCACCAUCUAAUAUUGAAUAUAGCAAUGCCAAUCCACUUGAAAUUAAUGCAGGCUUCUUACAUAAGCAUUAUGAACAAGGGUUUGCUAAUAAGCAGCCAGGUAUAAUAUCACAUUUUAAAAUUUAUUUAAAAAUUUUUAAUAGACACAGUACAGUAUGUGCCAUGAAAGCUGAUGAUAUUGCUUGCUUUGCACCAAACAUUACGAUAUACAAAGUGAAACAUUUCUUUUACAAGCAUUUAGUGAUGAAGCGAGACAUAUUGAGUGUCUCACUUAAUUACUUCUAUCUCUUGAGUGUACAGUAUUCCAGUAUUACUGUACACUAAAUAAAACUGAGAGUGCUGUAAUAAAUCACAAGGUGCUUGCUAUAGAAGUUUAAUGUAAAUACUUUUAUUUGGAUUUAUUGCAAGUACAGUAGAGGUAUAUAAAAAUAGCAUUAAAUGUGAUUCACUGAAACACAGUCAAUCACAAAAUGCAUUUAUAUUUUCAUGAUACAUAGUUGAAUGGCAUCUGCCAUGCAUUUCAGAUCAUAUUGUAAAGAUAUUCCUGUUAAAACAUGGUACAGUACUGUACUUAGAAAACAAUACAGUAUACAGUACCUGUAAAGUGUGUGUGUAUA